CUCACUUUCCCUGAUGCUUCUGCUUCACAACAAAAUGCUAACCACCAUCAGUCGACGCAACUGCAUCAUCAGGCUCGCCAGUCCGCAGUCCGCGGCAGCCGCGAGUCAGCUGCCGCUGCUGGUGCGGCACCGCGGCGGUCGCAGCAGCGCCCUGCUCCCGGCCGCAGCCGCAGCUGCGCCGUUCCGUGUCCUCAGCCGCCUAGCGCCUCCUCCCCAUCACCCGCGCAAUGUGCGUGCAGCGGCACGGCCGCCCGGCGGCGACGGCGCAGCAGGCGGCGGCGAACAGCAGCAAGGCGGCCCGUCCGAGCCGCCGCCGCCAGGCGACCCGCCAGCCGCCAGCCGCCAGCCUACUGACACCGACCAGCCAGGGGACACAGCAGCUCUGGAGCGGCUGCGUGCGGCAUGGCUGAAGCUUUGCGAAACGGUGGAGAUCGUCAGCGCCCGCGCUAGCGAGGGCGCCGGUGGCAGGGACGAGGGCGCGGGCGGCUCCAGCACAAGCAGCAACAGCAGCAACAGCAGCAGCAGCAGCAGCAGCAGCAGUAGCAGCAGUAGCACUGGCAGCACUGGCCGUAGUAGCAGCAGCCGCAGCCGCAGCCACGACCGGGUGCUCUUGGGUGAGGCGCUGAUGGCGGUGUUGGAGUCGGCGCCGGAGGCGUUGCGGGUGCUGGGGGGGCAGCAGGAGGUGCUGGGGGUGAAGCAGACGGCGGCGGGCGAAGGCGGCACUGGCGGUGGCGGCGGCGGUGAUGGCGGCGCUCUUGCUGCCUGGGAGGCGGGCACGGAGAUCCUGCAGGAGGCGCGCGGGUACCUCGAGGCCCUCCAGGGGGUGCGCGUGCUUAAGGACAGGGCGGACCGGCUGGACCAGAGGUCCGCGUGGCUGGAGCGGCUCGUAAAGCUCAGCGGCGCGCGGACGCGCAUCGCCGAGGCUGCCGGCAUUGGCAGCGGCGGCCGCCGCGCCGCCCACCCCGGCGAUGGCGGCAGCGGCGCUGCCGCCGCUGCCGGUGGCGAUGGCGGCGCCGCCGCCGCCUCUGGCGGUGGCGAUGGCGGCGGCGAAGGUGUCAACCCUGUUUAUGACUUGGAAACGCUGUGCGAGCGCUACGAGCGGCCCUUCCUGCUGGACUGGGCGCUGCAGAACAUGCUGCUGAACGGCCGCACGGAGCUAUGCAUGUCGGCGGCCGGCGAGCGCGCCACUGCUGACGCCUUCACGCGGCACGAGUACCGCGAUGUGGAGGGGGUGGACCAGGCGGGGUGGGAGGAGGUUGGGGAGGGGGAGGAGAGGGACUGGGACGGCAGCCGCCGCGCCGCGCGCCGCGCCGCGUUCGUGCAGGAGCUGCGGUGGGUGACGGGCAUUCGGUUCCGGUCCGAGGAGCGGGCGGACGCGGACGGCUACAAUGUGUGGUGGGUGUGCGAGGAGGAGGAUAAGGAGGGGGAGGAGCAGGAGCAGGAGCAGGAGCAGGAGGCGGCGGCCGCCGGCGGUGGCAGCAGCCGCAGCAGCAGCGGCAGAGAGGGAGGCGAUGAGUAGGGAAUGAUAAGCAGCAGGCCUGCUGGCGGCGGCAGCUGAGCUAUGGGGCGGACUGCGACUGGCUCGGACACCUGUCAUUGUGUGGUGGCCUGGUAGGUGCUGACUGAUGAGAGUGAGACUGAGAGUGAACCGGAACCGGUGAGGUCUGCUACCAGGCCCCAAGGAUGCGGGCUGUUUGCGCGCGGCGGUUAGCCGGAAGCCGGCGUGUCGGCGUGUCGGUAUACAUGUGCGCUUGCGUCAGUAGGCAGUGUUGCUGCGGCAGCGUGGCGGUAGCCGUACUUUGCUGCCAGUUGAUUCACUGGGUUGAUUGGGGGCGCUUUGGGGCACGCCUGACGAUGGCGUAGUGCGUGCAUGGCGUGGUGUCGGGCAAUACUGGCCAGAUUACCUGUGGUGCGCUACUUGCACCGUGUAAGCUAGGCGCAAGCAUGGAGCAAGGCCGGUCAGGGCGGACGCUCGUUGGUGUGACUUGCCGCUCGCCGGAAUGCGGUUGGUUUAUGGAACAUGUAAUGGUGCUGCGUG